UUUGAGGGAACCAGUGUAAUCCUGACAACUGCACAAAUUAACCGCGUUUACCACGACGAGCCGGCGUAAAUCUUCUCAGCAUUUGGAGGCAUUUUUAGUAAAGGAUUUUGAAUUAUUUAGCAGUAUAAAAUGGGAGAAAAGAGCCGCGAAGAUCUGGCCUACAUGGCAAGGUUAGCCGAACAAGCCGAGAGAUAUGAUGAUAUGGUAAAGACGAUGAAAGCCAUCGUGGAGAUGGAGCCCAAUCUGUCCUCGGAGGAGAGGAACCUCCUCUCGGUUGCCUACAAGAACGUCAUCGGGGCCCGGCGUGCCUCCUGGCGGAUCAUCAAUUCCAUACAACAGAAGCAUCACGACGGGAGCUGGAAGCAACAAGUCGUGGAGUCCUAUCGCAAGCAGAUUGAACAGGAGCUGUUUGAUUCCUGCCACGACGUGCUGAAGAUCUUAGAUUCAUUCCUCAUUCCAAGUUCUGCAGGCGACGACAAAAUUGAGUCCAGAGUCUUCUAUUACAAAAUGAAAGGGGACUACUUCCGCUACUUGGCCGAGGUCUGCCAAGAGGAUAAGAGAAAAGAACCCACAGAGAGCGCUCUGGAAGCCUACGAGCAGGCAGUCAAGGACGCCAGCGGGGACAACGGCCUGCCGACUACGCACCCGAUUCGCCUUGGACUGGCCCUGAACUUCUCCGUCUUCUACUACGAGAUUAUGCUCAAGCAGGAUAAAGCUUGUGAGGUGGCAAAGAAGGCAUUCGAUGACGCCAUCAGCGAAUUGGAUAGCAUGCAGCAAGACACCUACAAGGACUCCACUCUCAUUCUACAGUUGAUCAGAGACAACCUGACCCUCUGGACGUCGGAGAGCGAGUCGGAAGGGAGGGUCGAUGACAAUGAUGACCAACAGCAGGAUGCAUAACGUCGCACAGUCUAUUACAGACUGACGCCGAAUCUGAGUAAUUAUUUAAGGUAUCCCUACCAGUACCAGCCCGAGCCUCUCCGAAAACCCUCAUUCAAAGAAGUCAUCCAGCCGACACCUUGGUGGACGAGGUUAAUUUUUUUUCUCGAUUUGACACCCUGGCAUACUUCUAUAGCAGAAUCAGUUUCGAACCUAUUGUUUAUUUGUCUUUAGUAAGAGCCUUCUAACAGUCAAAGAAAUUUUAAAUGAGCAUCAUUAUGUAGAACAUAAAAAAAACCUUAGCCUUGUUACCACUAACGAUAAGACAUAUUGGCGUAUGGUCUAACAACAGAUACAGGGAAAUCAUUAGCGCGGGAUAAAAUUGGGGGAAAGUGGCAUUUAAAGGUAU